CACGAGGCUGUGAUACACGCACUCUGUCCCCGUCAGCAACUGCCAACCAUCGACGUUAUCAAUUGCUCGCCUUUUAUUAAUAUAUUGCAUAUUCUUUUACAUUUAGCGUUGCAACAUAAUCAUCAUGGCUGACGAGACUGCCGCCCCUGCCGCCACCAACAUGGACCGCGGUCUCGACGAGAUCAUUGCCGAUAAGCGCACCAAUGGCCCCCGAAACAACCGACGCGGUGAUCGCCGUGGUGGCGACCGCCGUGGUCGCGAUCGUCAGGACCAGCCUCGUGACGGAGUAAGAAAGUCUUAUCGAAGCGACAACCGAGGCAUUGACAGCGAAUGGGUUCACGACCGAUUCGAAGACAACGAUUCCCGCAAAGCCCCCGCUCCCCGACGACGACGCGAAGAUGCUCCCUCGGAGCCCGCCGGAACCAAGAUCAAGGUCGAAAACAUCCACUACGACCUGACCGAGGACGAUCUCGACGAGCUUUUCAAGCGCAUCGGUCCCAUCGUUAGACUCCAGCUGCGAUACGACCGCGCCGGCCGAUCCCUCGGCACGGCAUAUGUUACAUACAAGGAGAAGCAUGACGCUGAAGAGGCUGUCAAGCAGUUUGAUGGUGCCAAUGCUAACGGCCAGCCCAUCCGCCUGACCAUCCUGCCCUCGCGCAACCCUUUUGACAACGCCUUCAUGCCUGGCCGCCCCUUGGCCGAACGUAUCUCUGCUCCUGGCGACAGAAACCGAUCCAACUCGCCUCGUCGCCGUUACGAUGCUGACGAUGCUGCUCGCAAGGGCAUUGACCGCUACAUCCCCGGUGGUGGCCGUGAUAGAUCUCGCAGCCCUGGUGGUGGUGGUCAUCGCCGUGGAGGACGCCGCCCUGGUGCUCGCCGUGACGCUCCUCGCCGUGAGGGCAAUGACAGUGGCCGCGGUGGUCGUGGCAACCCUCGUACCAAGAAGAGUGCUCAGGAGCUCGAUGACGACAUGGCCGACUACUUCACCGGCGGCGCCAACAACGGAACUGAGAAUGCUUCUGCUGCUCCCGCUGCUGAGGCUGCUGCUGCCCCUGCCCCUGCUCCUACUGGUGACGAUGUCGACAUGAUUGAAUAAACCCAACGCAUGUCGAAGAGUCGCUGUCAGUGGGAUUGGUGAUUAGUGUAGAAAUUCCGCACUCAGAUCGGUAUGAGUACGGGCUAUAGGUUGUUCUGUAUAGGCGUUUUACUUUCUGCCCUUAUAAAUUAGUGUCUAAAAUAAGAAGCACAUGUACUCU